AUGCCUCUCAAUCCCACCAUUGUUGAGCUCGUCGUAGCAGGUCUCAUGGAAGGCCUAGAUACUCGUGUAGGGGACAAAGUAGUGCACUUUGCUUCCAAUCCAAAAACCUGGUACGGCAGGGCAUAUCGUCCGGAARGCGUGGACGGUACUGGCAGUCCAGACAGUACUCGCCGACCAAACGAACACGGCUCUCGGAGAGACAGUGUCGAGUCGAGUGAGAAAGGCUCAUCAAACGGUCGCUCUCGGUCACAGAAGCAACAUCACACCUCUGAAAGUCACAAAGACAAAUUACAAUUGGAUUGGGAGCCGCACUGGCAAAGCAACAUACACCAAGGGCAAAGAAACUCUGAGCCUCGAGCCUUAUCUAAUCAAGCAUCCUCUGAUGAAUGUUCGCGGAAGUCUUGCCGGAGGACCAGACGAUAUCAGCGGCCAUCAUCUCCCGUGGGUAUUGUUGACGAUGAGGUGGAGACGCCAGCCGGGAGGGAGGCUUCGGAAGAUAUAUGGAAGAUGGAGCAGAGACGCGAGCAAUUUCGCCAUGCUAAGAAUGCCUAUCGACCGCCCAUGACGCAGACUGUAGCACAGCUAAAGUGGGAUGAAGCCAGACUGUAUGAUGAUGUUGCUCGAGCUGUUCACGACGCGAUGCGUCAGUCUGGAGAGCUAGAUCGAAAGAGACCUCGCUGA